AUGGGUAGAUCGCCAAGUUUUGAAAAGGGUUUGAAGAAAGGUCCAUGGACUUCCGAAGAAGAUCAAAAACUUGUUGCAUAUAUUGAAGAACACGGUCAUGGAAGUUGGCGUGCAUUGCCCCUUAAGGCUGGGUUACAGAGAUGUGGAAAGAGUUGUAGGCUGAGAUGGACCAACUAUUUGAGACCCGAUAUCAAAAGAGGAAAGUUUACUUUGCAAGAAGAACGAACCAUCAUCCAACUCCAUGCUCUUCUUGGCAAUAGGUGGUCUGCUAUCGCGACUCAUUUACCCAAAAGGACAGAUAACGAGAUCAAGAAUUACUGGAACACACAUCUCAAAAGACGCUUAACUAAAAUGGGCAUAGAUCCGAUGACUCACAAGUCAAGGACAGCAACCAACACCAAUCUGAGUCAUAUGACGCAAUGGGAGAAUGCUCGACUUGAAGCAGAGGCCAGGCUUGUUCGCGGGUCUAGGGUUGUCAACAAAUCCUUGGUGCCACAACCACUAAGUAUCGAUGUACUCAAACCAUGGCAAGGCGGUAUAACUUCAAGCAAGCUCUCUAAUCUAAGUGGGAUCGAGCUUCCUAAAAAUCAAAACCUUGUUGAGAAUGUCGAACCACCAAGCAGCAUCCUCAAAGAUAUGAGCGUAGAAGAUCGAUUAAUAAACACUCUUGAGUUCCCUAAAGUCGAAGAAGGAACUCAAAACAUACUUGAAGUGAGUAACAUGAUGACGUAUCAAGACAACUAUUUGAUGGAGACUUUUACAAAUCAUUUGGUUAGUGACGCCAAUAAUAACCAAAACUGUCUUGAUGCUUUUGAGGAGGAUAACAACUACUGGAGUAACAUUCUUGAUAAAUUAGGAAAUAAUACAUCAUUUUCAUCUAUCUUCUAG